CCGAGCUCGCAUCGAUAAAUUAUCAGGAACAGCAGGCCGCCACGAGAGGAGCAGUCAGCCCGCCACCAUGUCUCUCGCACGUUUUGGAGGUGCUCUCGCGCGCGCAAGGUGCUCCCCGCGGCCGCAAUGGCACGCAGCACGUGCGCUUUCCAGCUCCGCCAUCCGCACCGCCAAAGCCGACAAUGAGCUCAAUUCGGUCAGCAAGCACAUCACCCAGCCCAAGUCGCAGGGCGCCUCGCAGGCUAUGCUGUACGCCACCGGCAUGAGCGAAACGGACAUGAACAAGGCCCAGGUCGGCAUCUCGUCCGUCUGGUACUCGGGCAACCCGUGCAACAUGCACCUGAUGGACCUGAACCACAAGGUCAAGGAGGGCGUCGAGAGGGCAGGACUGCUGGGCAUGCAGUUCAACACCAUCGGUGUUAGUGACGGCAUCUCUAUGGGCACAAAGGGCAUGCGCUACUCGCUGCAGUCGCGUGAGAUCAUCGCAGACUCAAUCGAGACAGUCAUGGGCGGCCAGUGGUACGAUGCGAACAUCUCCAUCCCCGGCUGCGACAAGAACAUGCCCGGUGUCAUCAUGGCUAUGGGACGUGUGAACAGGCCUUCCCUCAUGGUUUACGGCGGUACUAUCCAGCCCGGCUGCGCAAAGACCCUCGAGAACCAGCAGAUCGACAUCGUUUCCGCUUUCCAAGCAUACGGCCAGUUCAUCACGGGCGAAAUUACCGAAGACCAGCGAUUCGACAUCAUCAGGCACGCUUGCAACGGGCAGGGUGCUUGCGGAGGAAUGUACACAGCAAAUACAAUGGCUACGGCAAUCGAGACAAUGGGCAUGUCGCUACCUGGCUCUUCGUCGAACCCGGCGAACUCCAAGGCGAAGAUGCUGGAGUGUCUGGCGGCGGGUGGUGCCAUCAAGAAUUUGCUCAAGGAGGACAUCCGUCCGAGCGACAUCCUCACCCGCCAAGCAUUUGAGAACGCCAUGGUCGUCAUCAGCAUCACUGGAGGCUCGACCAACGCUGUUCUUCACUUGAUCGCGAUCGCCGACUCUGUUGGUCUCAAGCUUACCAUUGACGAUUUCCAGAGCGUAAGCGACCGCAUUCCAUUGUUGGCGGAUUUGAAGCCUUCCGGAAAGUACGUCAUGGCCGACGUUCACGAUAUCGGUGGCACCCCGUCGCUUCUCAAGUUCCUGCUUAGGGAAGGUCUUCUUGAUGGUAGCCAGAUGACUGUGACUGGUAAGACACUCAAGGAGAACUUGGAGAACGUCAGGGAUUUCCCCGCCGAGCAGAAGAUCAUCCGACCGCUCAGCGAGCCUCUGAAGUCCACUGGUCACUUGCAAAUUCUGAGAGGAUCGCUUGCACCUGGAGGCUGCGUAGGCAAGAUCACUGGUAAGGAGGGUACCCAAUUUACCGGCAAGGCCAAGUGCUACAAUGCUGAGGACGACUUCAUCACUGCUCUCGAGCGUGGUGAGAUUAAGAAGGGCGAGAAGACCGUCGUUGUCAUCCGUUACGAAGGUCCCAAGGGCGGCCCCGGUAUGCCCGAGAUGUUGAAGCCCAGCUCCGCCAUCAUGGGCGCUGGUCUCGGCAAGGAUGUUGCACUUAUCACAGACGGUCGCUUCAGUGGCGGUAGCCACGGCUUCUUGAUCGGUCACAUUGUGCCUGAGGCGCAGGAGGGUGGCCCUAUUGGCUUGGUUCAGGAUGGCGAUGAGAUCACCAUUGACUCCGAGUCCAACGAGCUGAACAUCGGCGUUAGCGAGCAAGAACUAUCAGAGAGGCGGAAAAAGUGGACCGCGCCCGCUUUGAAGUACCAGAAGGGUACGCUUUUCAAGUACGCACGAUUUGUCAAGGACGCUAGCCAAGGCUGCGUUACCGACUCUGAGUAAUGUUCAUGUUGAAAUGUCUCUCACGUUCGCAUCUGUAUGUAUAUUCUCAUGGCUAUAGCUGGGGUAAAAGUCACAUCCGGAGUUCGGGCAUGCGAUAUUUGUAUAUUCGACACAAUGUUAUCGAUAUAGCC